CCCGGGGGCGUUUAGAGAGUGAUUUGGACGUGGACUACAACGCGGGAAGGCAAACUAAGAGCAAAAGAGGAAGCAGAGUGAUUCUAAAUUACUCACUCGAUGUUACUUGCUUACGGAAGCGUGGCACAACAUGUUACAGUUCUAAAGACAACAUUAUUCGUAGUAGCCUAGAUUACUUGUUGCGUGGUGUUGGUGGCAUGUUUUGCUACACUGGGCACAAACGAGAAGCCCUCUAACUUCAGGUCCAAUAAUCCAAAAGAAUGUGAGAGCGUAGUUGCUGUACAGAUGGCCUCUGGGGAUCCCAUGUUGACUGAGACCCUCACUUAUGAGGUCUUCUUUCAAAAUACCACAUCUUCCUCUCCCUUUCCCUCCUCUUCAUCGACUGCACUGCCCUCGUGCACCUACAAUGAGGACUUUAAGCGUUACCUCCUCCCUGCCGUCUACAGCCUGGUGUUCGUGCUGGGCCUCCCGCUCAACUUCACCGUCAUCCUUCUCAUCUGGAGGACCCGCAAGGCGCUGACCCGUAGCCAGAUCUAUAUGCUGAACCUGGCUGUGGCCGACUUCCUGUACGUCUGUUCCCUGCCCCUCCUCAUCUUCAACUACGCCAGCCAUGACUACUGGCCCUUCGGGGACCUGGCCUGCCGCCUGGUGCGCUUCCAGUUCUACGGCAAUCUGCACGGCUCCAUUUUCUUCCUCACGUGCAUCAGCUUCCAGCGCUACCUGGGCAUCUGCCACCCCAUGGCCACCUGGCACAAGCAAGGUGGCCGCCGGCUGGCAUGGAAAGUGUGCAUUGGCGUGUGGCUGGCCGUGGCGAUCCUCUGCGUGCCCACCUUCCAGUUUGCCUCCACGGGCACCCAGCGCAACCGCACCGUCUGCUACGACCUGAGUGUGCCCAAUCGCUCCAGGCAGUACUUCCCCUACGGCAUCGCCCUCACCUGCCUGGGCUUCCUGCUGCCCUUCCUGGCCGUGGUGAUGUGCUACUGCUUCAUGGCGCGGGUGCUGUGCCGCCGGCAAUGCGGCGGGCCUGGGGAGGCCGGGCGGGAGCAAAGGGACAAGGCGGCCCGCAUGAUCAUCAUCGUGAUGCUGGUGUUUGUCAUCAGCUUCCUGCCCUUCCACAUCACCAAGACAAUGUACCUGAUGGUGCGCAUUUUGCCCCAGGCCCCCUGUCAGGUCAGGAACCUGUUCUCCGUGAUCUACAAGAGCACGCGGCCCUUCGCCAGCAUGAACAGCGUGCUGGACCCCAUCCUCUUCUACUUCACGCAGCCCAAGUUCCGCCGCAGCACACGCUCAUUCCUGCUCAGGAUGACCACCCGCAGAGACAAGAACAGUUAUGUGUGACGAGGAUGAGAGAGUGCGAGAGAGUGCAAGAGAGUACAAGAGAGUGCAAGAGAGUACAAGAGUGCAAGAGAGUGCACCCGUGGUGGAAGAGGGUGAAUCGCUGUCUUUCACCGCUGUCUCUUCCUUCAAAACUCCAUGGACACAGCAUUGUGACAGUGGGGAGCUGAUUAUUUGGUCUCACAUCAUUUAGACUAUCUACAGAGUCUGUUGAAAAUAACAUAGCAUUUAACAUCCCAGUAAUACCAUAUGAUGACUGCUUGUUUGCACACUGAGUAUUAUGAAAACUGAACUCGAUUAACCUAUUAACUGCAUUUGUAAUUUGCUGUGUUUCAUUUUUCAGUGUGAGAUUUGGUUUCUUUCAAGUCUGCAUCAUUUCCAUUAUUGUAGAAACCACUCUCACCCUCUUGUUAAUAGUUUCUUGACUAAUAUUGUUUUUUUUGUUUGUUUUGUGGUUUUAUAUGUUUCACCACUAGAUGGUGUAUGUUGCAAAGCAACUUGUUCUGUACUUGAAUGCCUGUCUCAUUACUUCUCUGUAUGCAGCAGUGCACUAUUAUCUAAAUGUCUCUAAAUGUCUGUUGUACUCUAUACAGAACGACUGUGUAUAUUAUCCAAAUGAUUAGAUUACAAUCUCAAUAGAAAAAGAACUACCUUGAAUUACAGAAUGUAAUGGCAUAAUUAUAUUUAUCAGUGUUAAAUUGAACUGAGAUGUAUGCAGGUCAUAAAUCUUAAUGAUGGAAUGACAGGACAUAAUUAUAAAACAACGCAUGGCUUGAGAGCAAUACAGAUGUAAUUUGUUUACAACUAUUUAUUUAAUCUGUCUCUAGCAUGUAAUGCAAAAACGUGAAAGGCAGCAGCGAAUGUGAUAACAGUUGGUUGUAUGCUUAACAGGCCUAUAUAGUAUGUAUGGAUAUAUCAGUAUGUAAUGUCAUGUCUGUGUGAUAUUUAAUGCUUUUCUUCUGAACGUGUUCCUGAAUGUGACAACUGUGUGUGAAACCAGUGCUAGUGGCCACCAUGAAAUGUGUGUCCACUCUUUUGUUGUGUCAAAUUUUCUUACACAUGACGUUGUGUGGCAUCUACUGUACUCCUACUGUAUUCAGGCGAACUGUCUCAUAUGAUUUCGACAACUAGAUUAAUAAUAUCUAUCACUUUUGCAAAUAUUGAUAACAUGCAAUAGGCUAUACAACAUGUUUUUCAGCAGUUCAUUUAAUGUAGGCCUAUAUAAUUCAUGAAAUAAAAUCAAUGUGUUGCUUUUAUGGAAACAUAAAA